UCAAAACUUUAUUAAAAAUAUAGAUGAAUUAAUAAUUGAUAAUAGAUACAACAAAGAAAAUCAUUCGCCAACAAAAAGAAUUGCAACAAGACCACAAUUAUACAUUAGAAAAAGAAAAAAUGACUUUGUAACACCAAAUGAAAAAAGAGUAAGAAGUAAAUCACCAUCAUCAUCAAGGUCGUCAUCAUCAUCUUCUACAACAUCAACAACAUCUUCAUCAUCAUCAUCUUCUACGUCAUCUUCCACACACUCUUCUGAAAUAGAAAUGGCGACAUUAGAAGCCCUUGUUGUGGGAGAGAUUUGUGAAGAGAAUAAUACAAUUGAAAUCAGUGAAAGAGAAAAACAAAGAAGAAAAAGAGAAAAUGAAAGAAGGAUUAGUGAAAUGAGGCAAAAGGAAAGGGAAGAAAUAAGAAUGGCUACAGACGUGAUAGAAAAAGAAUUAAGAACAGAUGAAAGAGAGGAAAAUGAACAAAAAGAGAAGGAGAAAAGAGAAAAGUUGGAAAAAGAGAGGUUAGAAAGAGAAAGACUUGAAAAUGAAAGAAAAGAAAAAGAAAGGCUAGAAAAUGAAAAGUUGGACAGAGAAAGAAAAGAAAGAGAAGAAAAAGAAAAACUAGAUAAUGAAAGAAAAGAGAAAGAAAGAAUUGAAAAAGAAAGAAAAGAAAAAGAAAGGCUAGAAAAUGAAAAGUUGGACAGAGAAAGAAAAGAAAAAGAAAGAAUAGAAAAUGAAAAGUUGGAGAGAGAAAGAGAAGAAAAAGAAAGGCUAGAAAAUGAAAGAAGAGAAAAAGAAGAAAAAGAAAGGCUAGAUAAUGAACAAAAAGAGAAGGAGAAAAGAGAAAAAUUGGAGAGAGAAAGAAAAGAGAAAAUUAUGACAAAGAAAAGAGUAGAAAAAACAGUUGAAAAUAAGGAAACAGAAAAAACAGAAAAAGAAAUGAAGAAGAAACUCGAGGAAAUUAAACACCAAGAAAUAAUAAUUUUGAAUGUAGGAGGAAUAAAAUAUUCUACAACAAGAGGAACGCUAUGUGCGGAAGAAAGCUUGCUGAAAAAUAUCGCAUUACAGAUUGAUAAUGAAGAAAUAUAUAUUGAUCGGGACAGUAAAAAUUUCAGGACAAUACUUCAACAUCUCCGAUAUACCCGACAAGGUGAACUUACACCAGCUUCUCUGUUACCAAACAACAAAAUAGAACUGAAAGAACUAAUUCUUGAGUGUAAAUAUUAUGGUCUACUAAAAUUGUUGAAAAUAGCUACAGAGAAAAGAGAAAAACUAAUCGGACUAUUUUGAAAUUAAUAAAAGAUAAGUCAUAUCCAGAUAUCAUCAUCAAGUAACAGAAGUAAAUAUCAGAAAUUGAAUUAAAUAAAAAGAAAUGUCAUGUUAAUUAAUACAUGUAAACACCAAAGAAAAUAUCAGAAAAUGAAUUAUAAUUAUACAGAUAUGUCAUGUGUUCUUCACAUGUAAUUUCGCGUGGAAUAUAUAUAUGAAAAUGUACCCAAGAUACAGAAGAAGAACAGAUGAAGAUUGUAAUUAAUUAUUAAGUAUAUAAGUUAAAUAUCAUUACUUUAAAUUAUAUGUAUACAAUACCUUAAUUUUUCCUCAAUUGAUGUGUAAGAUUUUUCCUCUUUAUUGCUUAACAGUCACAUUUCAUUAGUACCUAUUGAAGUAAGUAAAGAAUUUUUCAUUAAUGUUUUUAAACAGUAGCUUUAAACAAUAAAAACAAAUUGUAAAUUUUCAUUAGCAUAGUUUACAUAGUAAGUAUUGAUUUAUUAUAUUAAAUUGUUAUUGCAUAAUGUAAUGGCAAAUAUUAUUGACAGGAAAUACCUUAAAUAAUAAAUAACCGUUAAGGAAUUUUCAUAUAUUUAUGAUUAAAUAAUUUUUAACAUACUACAUGUAUGUGUAGUACUUUCUUAAUUAAGCAAGAACACAAAUUUUGUGUUCCUUUAUAACACAAGUGGUAUGAUUGAUGGGUAUGUAAAUGAAUGUUGUUGAUUUUUAUAUGCUCUGUUGAGAUUAUUAUACAUGUAUUGCUUAUUGAAAUAUUUAUUAACUAAGAGAACAUUAGGGCAAUGAUGUAGUCUAUGGUAUGACUGAUAGUUAAAUAGUUUUAUAAAUAAAUGUCACAUGUUGUUAUUAAAAUGUUAUGCUCAGAUUAAAUUAUUGUAUUGCUUAGUGAAAUGUUUAUUCACUAAGAAGACAUUAUGGCAUUUAUGUAAAAUUGGACUAAAUCAUAAAGUUUAGAAUUUAGUAAAUUUGCUAAACUUUUCAUUAUUACAUGCACUUAAUCAAGUUAAUGUUGAAGUUAUAAAUUGUUACAAGUGUUAAUCAUUUAUUUAUGCAGUUAUGAAGAUGCCAUAUGUAAGUGAGACUUAAUGAAUGUGUUUAUAUAAUUCAUUA